GACAAGGAGAAGCUAUUGGAAUUUCACGAAUUUAAGAGUGUGUCAAGCAGAAAGAUUUUCCACAGAAAAAUGGGCUCCUUGUCCUUCACUUAGACCGCAUGAUCCAAUUGAUUGGCCUUGUAUCAGAGCGGUUGAAUUGUGUAAUGGAAAUCGAGAUUGUCCAAAUGGUGAAGAUGAGGAACCGAACAUGUGCAUGUUUCAUUCUUUGAAUCAAGGAUCAUUGCGUCAAUUGCAGCGGGACUUUUUGAGAUUCAGUGGUGCUACACCCCAUAUACGGAAUUCGACUAACGACAAGGAGAAGCUAUUGAAUUUCACGAAUUUAAGAGUGUGUCGAGCAGAAAGAUUUUCCACAGAAAAAUGGGCUCCUUGUGCUUCGCUUAGAAUUGGCCCGAUUCGCCAAAUUCGUCCAGGUCUCCGCCUCGAUUCGAUCGAUGAUCGUCCAGUUCCGCUACAUUUCGGGAAUCGGUGCAUGGCCUUCACAAUUCAUCGCACAGGAUCGGGGCAAACAAUCGAUCGAAUCCCAUUCAUCGAACACCGCGACGACAACUACACAGUUGAUAUAUUGACGACUGACCGCGUACUACUGUGCAGACAAGGACUAUCCUCAAAGCAUCUUGUGACUACAUUCUACAUUCAAAAGGAUCGAGAUAGCAUGAUUAAACAACAGCAACAACAAAACAAAUUGGAAAACGCUGCGAAACACUACGCCGAUCGAGUCAGGGAACUCGAGGAUAUCUUGGCGAAGAAUGGCCUCAACGCGCCCACCAAAGUUCUUCCUACAUUCCCAGCCAUCCCCUCCGCUCCUCGACCAAUCAAACAGGAGAUCGAAGAGAGUCGAAAUCAAACCCCAUGGGAUCACUUUCCUCAUCGGCUCAAGUCCACAAGAUUAUCAGACGCCACAAUGGAGCCCGACAGUCAAAGGAUGCACCACGGGCCAUUCCCCGAUUUGAUCACGGAGUGGUGUCUUGAGAACAAUCCACUCCUCCACUCGGACCCGUUAAUGUCACAAGCCGGAGGCCCAUCGUCAAACCUUGCCGUCAGCCAGAUGAGCCAUGGUCUCUCGUGGGAUCCCACAAAUUUCAGUCCCGACCCGAACACCGUGUUUCAUCCGAUGCUCCUAUCACUACGUCAACGGCAGAUACAAAUGAGGAGUUUGAUAUGGAUAUCAAAAAAAGUGACAACGUUUAGUGAUUCAAUUCAGCACAACCUCUAUGAGUCUCAAUCACAAGAACAAAACCAAGACUGCUUUAAUGGAAUCAAAGAAGCGGAUGGGCACAACAAAAUGCUGGGACUGACUCGUCCCGAAUUGAAACGGGUUCCUUCUGCUGCACGAUUUGCUCGCUCUCGUCAUCACCAAAACCUUGCUCACCUCGCUUCCGUGCCAGAUCAAAAAGCCGAAAUUAGU